UUUAUUGUCACGUGCAACAGUACUCUAUAGUGAUAACGUGUACCUGGCACCGUGGUAAUUUAUACCAUAUGCGGACUUGUAUUUAUGGUUGCCGGUGUUUUAUAACCUGGCGUGUUAUUUCACCGUAGUUUAGCGUUGAUAAGCGAGCCAAACGAACGGUCUAUUUGAUGGGAGAUUCGGAAAGUGAAGAUAGCGAUGCUGAGGGAGGUCUAGGGAAUGUCAGCAGAGUAGUCAUGAGACCUCCAGGACAUAGUGGUAAAGCUAAAAAAGGACAUUUGUGUUUUGAUGCCUCGUUUGAAACAGGUAAUUUGGGCAAAGUAGAUUUAAUAUCGGAUUUCGAAUACGAUUUGUUCAUCAGACCAGAUACUUGCAAUCCUUAUCACAGAAUGUGGUUCAAUUUUAUAGUCGAUAAUAUCAAACUGGAUCAAAGAGUACUGUUCAACAUUGUUAACAUUAGUAAACACAAGAACCAUUUCUGCGAUGGAAUGACUCCAAUAGUGAAAUCAACCAGUAGAAAAAAAUGGAAUCGAAUGCCCCCUCAUCAAGUUUACUAUUACCGAUCACCUUACCAUAAUGACAAUUACGUUUUAACAUUGGCAUUUUGUUUCGAUAAAGAAGAAGAAGCUUAUCAAUUUUCCUACAGUUAUCCAUACUCUUACACCAGAUGCCAAGCAUACUUGGAGCUAAUCGAGCGCAAAACGUUACCCCAUUUCAAACGAGAACUUUUAGGAAAUUCUUUGCAAAAAAGAAGAGUAGAUAUAGUAACGAUUACCCAUCCUUCAAAUAUGGAACUCAGAUCGAAGAUCAGAAUGGUUGUGAUAUGUUCUCGAGUCCAUCCUGGCGAUUCUCCGUCUUCUUACGUUUGCCAAGGAAUUAUCGACUUUCUCAUAAGCAAUCAUCCUGUAGCUGAAAAGCUAAGGAAUAACGUCGUUUUCAAGAUUAUACCAAUGAUCAAUCCAGAUGGUGUUGUGUUAGGCAACUUCAGGUCUAAUUUACUGGGGGCUGAUUUUAAUCGUAAUUGGAAUCGUAUAUCUCAAUGGAUGCAUCCUCCUUUGCAUGCCAUCAAUAAUACCAUCAAUAAGCUGAACGCUCAUAAAAACGUAGAAUUAGAUUUUGUGAUAGAUAUUCACGCUCAUUGCAGCCUGUGUGGAGUUUUCGUGCAUGGCAACACUUAUGAAGACGUUUACAGACACGAAAGACACACAUUAUUUCCAAAAUUACUCUCUCAAAAUAUCGAUGGCUAUGAACCCAAUUACUGCAUGUUCAACAGAGACCCAAAACAGAAAGGAUCUUGUCGAAGAUUUUUUUCCAAUUUAAGAGAAACUGUCAAUUGCUAUUCUAUAUUUACCUCGUUUUACGGAUAUACUCGUAAAAGCAACAAGACUUUCAUUCAUUUCAAUGAAGAGCUAUAUCACAGAGUCGGUCGAAACAUCGUCCGUUCAUUCUCCGACUACUACCGCUACGUUGGCGUCUUACCAGCCAAGCCAAAAUCCACCAAAUCAACCACCACCACCACCACAAAAUCAGCACGAAAGAAACCCUCAAAAAAAUCAAAACAUCGAGCCAAAGUCAGAACACACUCCAAAAUCAAGAGACGAAAAUUCAAAAAAUUGCGCCGUCGUUAUCACCACCAUCGGUCGAAAAAAAUCAAACAAGCUUUACGAGUAAUUACAUCGGUCGAGUUGAAAUCAAAGCUCGAUUUAAAAAAGGGAUUCAUCGAUUUCUCCAAUAUCGAGUUUCCAAAGCCAUCGAUCGAUAAUCAGAAGAGGAUGAUUACGAUCAGACGUAAACUAUUGUCGAGAUUUCGCAACGUUAAAUGUGCUGAAGAGCAAGAGUCGUCCAAUUCCUUGAGUAGGAAGGACGAUAAUAGUGCUUCUAAGACUGAAUCUUCGAUUAAAAUUAUCACUAUAGGGGAAGGAUAUUUGGAUAAGUUACGAGUAUAAUAAUAAAUAAUUAUAAAUAAGAUUAAAUUCACCAAAAAUAAAACGUUCCUAUUAUUCGGUUAAA